AUGCAGAUCUCUUGGGCUGUGUGCUCUGUCUGCGUCCUCAUCCAAAUCGCAUCCCGGGCAGCUGGAGGGUGGCAAGUGUUCAAAAAUGAUGCGACAGAAAUCAUCCCUGAGAUCACCGAAAAUACAGAGACCCCCAUGGAGCAGAUUUACAGCAACAACAACACGAUGAACCAGGCAAAACACGGGGGAAGGCACAUACACAAUCACACGCUAACGCCCUUUUCCUUUGCAGAUGUCUCCGACUUCAGCUGCAGAGAGAUGCGCAUCACCCGCUACGUGACGGAGGGGUCGUGCCGCAGCCUGAAGCCCGUGAAGGAGCUGGUGUGCUCGGGGCAGUGCGUCCCAUCCCACCUCCUGCCCAACUCCAUCGGCAGAGGGAAGUGGUGGAGGCAGAACUCCCCGGAUUAUCGCUGCAUCCCGGCUCACACCCGCACGCAGCGCAUCCAGAUGGCGUGUCCCGAUGAUGAGACUCGGACUUACAAAUUCCGAGCUGUCACAGCCUGCAAGUGCAAGCGAUACACUCGAUACCACAACCAGUCCGAGCUGAAGGACUUUGGGAAGGAACCCGCCAGGCCGCAGAAGAACAAGAAGUCACGUCUGUCCCGAGCCAGGAGCAGCAAACCGAACCAGCACGAGCUGGAAAACGCCUAUUAGGAGGUCAUUCCAAGUGAUGCAGCCCAGCAGCUCUGGAUAUUUUAUACCAUAUACAACGGCACGCACAGGCCGAGCACGAGGGUCUGACUGCAGGUGGUUCCAAUUCCUUCUGCUACGCUGGGUCUAAGGCUCACAUAGUCAAAAUCCAUCAGAUGAUAGCGGUUAUGGUCUGAUAAGAGAAUGAGAUAAACCGAGCUGGUGGGAGCAGCAGCUACGUUCAGUUUGAGAGGAGGGGACACCCUGGGGGUCAGCAUGAGGCCACCUGGUUUGUGCAAGGAGAGGGAGGCGAGGCUGUUAGGGUACAGGCACAUCACACCUGGUUAGGAGUCGUUCUGCUUGCUGGACACGGAAGGAAUGCCACAUCACUUUCCCUUUUCUGAACCCCGUGGUGCAGGACAAGCGAGGUGGGGCAUUGCAGUCCCAUUGGGUUGGGGAUGUUGGGGAUGGGGAGGCUGGGGCUGGGUCUCAGCUGGAGCCAGGCUGCCAGAAGGGAAUGUCCUCUGCCAGGUGUCCUCAUGCCCAAGUGGUUUCCUUUGAGAAAGAAAACCAAAAUAUGACAUUUGUGCUCUCAUAAGCGUGACCAAUCUAUGUCACGCUUCUAAUUAGAAUGCUGUAGGGUCAACAGGUCCAGAACUGAGAGUUGACAGCCAAACCAUCCUUUUCUUUUAGGAGCAAGGGUUUGAGUUAGGACCAGUUAAGCGAGUUCUCCUAAGGGAAGCAGUUUUAUGACAUGGAUGCUCCUCUCAAGAGAGAUAACCUCACUGAUGUUUGUCUUGUAAGCAGCUAAUGAUGUGCAUAAUUUAACAUAAGAAAAUACUGAUUAGUCCUUAUUUCCUAGUACACAACUGACUUCAGUAUCAACCUAGAUAUCUCAGUGUACAUUUCCUGUCCUGUAGCCUUUGAAUUACUUGGCCAUACUCCUUGUAGAGCUAAGACUGUGCAAGCCAUGUUCUGGGAGAAGGGUUCUGCAUGAGAAGUGGGCCUCUGCUAAUCUGAAAGUCAUGAAUUCCUUUAGAAAAGUCUUUAGUAUUUUGUGCAGCUCUGGUACAUCUUUAGUUUUAACAGCAACUCUACUUAACUUCUCAA